AUGGAAAAGUCUAUCCCUGUCGCGUAUGAUCUUUCUUCCCACCAUGCUCUUGGUGGCGGUUCAUAUGCCUUCAAAACUCGCUAUCCAUUAUAUCUUAAAACACUUUUAUCUGACCGAAGUCGUAGGACUGAAGUCAACAUUAUCAUUCAGCCUUAUAGCCCAGCCCAUAUCGGAACCAUGUGUAGUCUUGGUCUUGCAUUCAUCCUUGCCCGACGACUGAUCGAUGAAGGGUUAGAUGUUUCAGUAACUUGUGACCUUUGGGACCGUGCCAAAGGCGAGGAAAUGACGAUUGACGGUGUCGUUUACCAAAAAAGCCUUCGUGACAAGGGUACAUUCCAAAAACACCUCCCAGGCUAUGUUCAAAUCAUAAACGAGCUUGCUAGCCAGUACAGAGUUCAUCAUCGCAUCAGAAUGGAAGAGGAGUUUGGGAGUAAUCCUGAGAUACCUGACGUUCGUUGCGAGAUAGUUAUCAGGCGAGAACUCUAUGGCAAGGUCCUGGCACCGGAACGAGGCUCACUGGCUUUCCGGGCUUCAUGUCCUGAAUGUGGAUUGGUGGAGAAGUAUGGUACUCGGAAUGUGUAUGCAGACGAUGGCUCGGCUGUCACAUUCCAAUGUCCUUCGCAUGGCCUUUUCACCUGCAAUGCCCCCAAACGGAAAGCAACCGAUUCCAGUUCAACUGCCAGCUCUUCUAUCUUGUCCUUGGACUCUUCUACCAAAAAACACCUUACAACUGGAUUGAGAUUUGCGGAAGCGAUUAUGCGGGGUUCUGGCAGGAGCAAUUGCUAUGGCGAUUUCUGUCCAAGCCCAUAA